AUGCCCUAUGAGCCCCUUCCCUCACUCUUCCCGAUCACUCUCGAGGAGGCGGAGGAGGAGGAGGAGGUGGUCGCACCUCCUGCUAUGCCCUAUGUCCCUACCUCGGUCCCCACCCCACCUCCGCCUUCAGUCUACCCUCGUGUGAUUCCCCCUGCCCCGCCUUUUUCCUCCUCACCCCCCUUGGCUUCCCCUCCUCCUCCUGUUAUUCCAUCUCCCCUUCCACCCUCCAUCCCUCCUGCACCUGCUCCGCCCUCUUCUUCGUCUUCCACGGCGCCGCCCGUUGGUGAGGGGGGGAUGGAGGUGCCACCGUCUGUGGAGAUCACCGACGGGCAGCGCCUUGAGACUGAGCAGCUGCAGGACGAGAGCAGUAUGGAUGGAGUACAGCAGAGUGGGGGGCAGGAGACAGGGGAGCAGCAGACAGGGGAGCAGCAGAUUGGGGAGCAGCAGACAGGGGAGCAGCAGAUUGGGGAGCAGCAGACAGGGGAGCAGCAGAUUGGGGAGCAGCAGACAGGGGAGCAGCAGACAGGGGAGCAGGAGAUGUGGGGAAUUAGAGAUGGUGGUUGUGUGUUGGUUUCUGGGAUGACCACUGCACCACUGCGUCGCUCCACUCGCAUCACUCGUGGUGUCCCGCCUGUUCUCCCUUCCUCGCACGUCUUUUCCUGCGAGGCGCACCACCACCAUGUGAGCAUCGUCUAUUCGCCCGCAAUGGACGUGCUCUUCCCUUUAGAGUCCGCGCUCGGUCCUUCCGACGAUGCUUUGCUCUCGCCCCCUCCUCCUUCCGCCGCCGGCUCGACUUUCUCUCCAACGGCUAUCGCCGCAGCGUGGAAAUCCGUACACGAUGCCGCGGCUGGUGCGGCGGAUUUCGACGCGGAUUCAGCUGCGUCGCCGGAUUCCCCGUUGACGCAUGACCAACUCGUCGCCCUGCGCCCGCAUUUGACGCUCCUGCGGCGGCUGCGCUUCAUCCUCGCGGCUCGGGAUGCCCAAGCCGCGUCUCUGGUCGCGCUGCUAAGACGUCUCGAUGCGCGAAAAACGGUGAAUGUGGACGUAUUCGCCUCUGAAGAAGCAGGAGCACCAGGAAUCGCGGCGGAGAUCGCGGCGAGCUGCCUGCUGGUUGUGGGGGCGUGGAUCAGGAAGGUGCGGCAGCAGUCCGCUGCGGUUAAGAGGCAGGGGGGCGGUCAAGGCAGCACGGUUGCUGGAGGAGAGACAGGAGAGAAAGGAGAGAGAGGUAGGGGGGUGGGUGGGCUUCAUGGUGUCACUGGCGCGCAGUGGCGGGUGAUCAGUGGCGGUAUCGACGCGGCUCGUGCGGUCAUUGGCAGAGGCCAUGGCGCGUGCGUCCCUGGGGAUUGUCGUGGGCUCGGUGGCGGGGACGGAGUGGAUGUGACAGCAGUGGGAGGGUGCGUGUCAGCUGCUGUGUACCUCGUUGAACCGCCGUCCAUGUCCUUCCCUGCGCUGCUCUCGUCCCUCCUCUGCCUCUGGCCUCUGGCAUACAAGCCUGCACCGCUGCAAUCCACAGGAGUCACUUUAGCAGCAGGAGGAGACGCCACACUAGGAGACGUCACAGCAGCAACAGCAGCAGCAGCGGUGCUAGUGGGACCGGAUGUGCCCCUGUGGUCAGCAGUGGUGCGAUGCCUUGAGUUCAUCACUGCUCGCACUGCCGUGCUGCUCCCACCCGCACAAACAGCCUCUCUCCUCCUCUCCCUACACUCUGUACUUGCCUCAGCCCUGCCCUCCCCCACCCAUCCAUCCUUUCCCGUGCCUCUCACCCCCCUGAGUGCGCCAGUGGCAGUGCUGUGUGUGAGCGGUAUCCUGAGGGGUCUGUAUGCCGCGCGCUAUCACCACCUCUCGGUGCAACGCCCCCAUGCCCUCAAACAGGCCGUGGGGAGGGACGGCCCAACAGCCCUGGCUGCUGCGGCUGCAGAAGCAGCUGCUGCAAUUGCUGCCGCCCGGGCACACGCAGAGGCAGGAGGCUGGCAGAAAAGCAGCACAGGCAACACCAGCAGCAGCAGCAGCAGCAGCAGCAGCAGCAGCAGCAGCGGUGGCGGCGGCGGUGGCGGCGGCAGAAACAAGGGGCUCAAUGAGAGUAGGAGAACAGCAUCUCUUCCCGCUCAGCUGCUAGCCAGUGUGAUAGGCGCGUACAGCCCGGAGCUCUUCCCUGCCCUCUGCGCCCUGGAACACCUCCUGCUCUCCGCUGCCCGCUCCACCUGUCCCUUGCCCGCCGCCUCCCCCUCCCUCUCCACUCUCUCUCCCUCCACUCUUGCUCGCCCCAAUCUUGAUCUCUCCACACCACCACUCGGCCAGGAGCAGAGAAGAGUGGCGGCAGGUGGGGUGACGGAAAAGACGGAGGGUCGGGGGGGCGAAGGGGUGUCUCCUGCGGGACUUCCUCAUGACCUGUGUUGGACCAAGGCACCCCUUCUUGCUGCUGCUGCUGCUGUUGUUGCGACGGAUGAUGGAGAGAGGAGCAACAGUGGCAGUAAUAGCAGGGAGCAGCGGCAGUGGGCAGCUCUUGUGUUCCUGAGAGCAGUAGCAUUCUCCCUGAGCCAGGUCAUGGCAGGGGGCAGGACCGGCCUCAUGACUGCGUGUGUCUCGAGGGGGACUGGGGCUGCCACGGAUGAGGGGUUGGAGACGGUGAAGUUUCUCAAUGGGUUGGAAGCGGUGGAAGGGUAUACCCUAGCAGCGAGCAGGCAGGUGGUGGCAGCGCUGCCGCUGUGGGUGGAAGGGCCUUGGAUGCAGCAGGUAGGGGCGAUGGCGCGCUGUGUGUGUGACCUGGUGGAGGGCUCUCACGGCCUGGCAGCGCUGCACACUGCUGCUAUCAACGCCAUGGAACCCGUUGUUGCUGCUGGUGAUGUUGGGAGAGGAGCAGGAGAGACAGGAGCAGGAGGAAGAGGAGGAGGAAAGGAGAAAGGGUUGAAGGCAGCAGCAGGGUCUGGAAGCAAAGGAGGGCGUAGGCGUUCUGCAAGUCCUGCAAUUUCUGCCAAAUCUCUCGCGCCCUUCCCGGCCCCUCCUCCUCCUCUUCCACCUGUCGUUCCCAUAUCCCACCGCGCAUCGCUCGUGUCCCUCGCACACACCUUCACCCGCUUCUCCCUCUCCCUCAACUGCUCCCAUCGCAUGUUUACUGCGUCCCUGCACACUCUUGCCACCGCUUCAGCAGAAGCAGCAGCAGCCGGCACUAAGGCUGGCGCUGCUGCUGCUAUAUCGGGAGCGAAUGGAGUUGGGAGUAAUGUCCGCGAUCGAAGAAGCAGCAUCAAGCCCAGCCAUGCGUCCAACCUUGCAUUGCUGCAGAGAGCAGGAGAGGCAGCAACAAUGGUGAGGGCUGGUGCGUUUGCGGCCACAUGUGUUGUACUGUCUAGCAUCAGCAACACUGUGGCUGCUCUUGCUGCAAAGGAGGAGGAGGACGGAGAGGAGGAGGACGAGUCACUCACAGAUGCGAGACUGACAAGUACGGCUGCAGCAGCGCCUGCAGCGACGCCUGCAUCAGCAUCAGUCAAGGCAGAAGCUACAGCGUCUGCUGCAGAAAUGAGAUUAGGCGACAGGGUGUGUGACACUGCUGAUGAAGGGAACGAGGUCGCGGGGAGGAACGGGGAGGAUGGAGAAAGGGAUUGGAAUGGCAGAAGCGGGGUGGAGGGCGGAGUUGAUUCGGCAAGGAAAAUGGAAGGGGUGGCAUGGGCAUGGAGGGACGUGCAGGGCAGAGUGGCAGUGGAGGCGUUGACUAGCUUGGCCUGGCUUGACUUCUCACGAGUCAACGUCGCGAGUGAUCUGUGCUUGCGCCUGCCGACAACCCAGCUGGUGGCUCAAGGAAGAGGCUCCGUGCUGCCAGUGCUUGCGUCUGUGACCCCUCCCUCGCGCGCAUACCACUGGCACCACGACCCUGCUGCCUCCUCUGCGCUGCUCUUCCUCUUCCGGGCUCUGCCCGCUGCCCUGCCGCGCCUGCCCCUGCGCCUCUUCCUCCACCACCUGGCACCACUCAUCGUCAUAACGUAUCUCGCACGCACGUACGUGCUGUGCUCUCUAUCUCCCCACAUGUACCUCAGUGUGGGCGUCAUGUACCACAGUGUGGGCGUCAUAUACCUCAGUGUGGGCGUCAUGUACCUCAGUGUGGGCGUCAUGUACCUCAGUGUGGGCGUCAUGUACCUCAGUGUGGGCGUCAUGUACCUCAGUGUGGGCGUCAUGUACCUCAGUGUGGGCGUCAUGUACCUCUCUGUCACCCAUCCGCCUCGCCCCCCCUGCUCCUUGUCGAUUCACAACCCUACUGUCUGCCCUACCUCCGUGACCGUCCCCAUUCUCCGCCCAUCCCCCUCCUCCAGGCACCUGUCCCAUCCGCAGCCGAAUCUGUGCUCUGCCGCACACACUCUCCUCGCCUCCUUCCUCUCCCUCCACACUGACUCCCUUCUCCUCCUCGCUUACUCGCCUUCUUGCCCUCCUCAACCUCCCCGCUCCGCACCUGCCUUUCCUUCGUCCAUGCUCUCUGCUCUUCCUUCUCUCCGCUUCCGUACCAAAGCACCCCGCACUUCUUCUCGUCGCACCAGCACAGCCAGUACUGGGCCGAGAAGCAGCGCAGCUGGUGGUGCGAGCGAGAGUGUUGAGACGUCUGCAAGCAGCAGCACAGGUACAUUGCGUGGUGCGGAGCAAGGGGAGAGUGGCAAUGCGGGGGGCAGUGGCGCUGACGGCAGGGAAGGGGGCGCAGAGCAACAGCAGCAGAAUCAGCAGCAGCGACUGAAUCAGCAGCAGCAGCAGCAGCAGCAGCAGCAGGAAGAGGAAUCGAAGCGGGUGUUGGAAGAGAUAGAAGGAGUGGCACUUGCGUAUGUGGAAGAGUCAGUCAAGUGCUUCCCUGCCGUCACGCCCUUCGAUGCCUUUCGCCAAGGCCUUGGGUCCAUUGCUCGCUGCCUUCCCCCCGGCCGCCCGGCCACUGUGCUGUGCUUCCGCCUCCUGUCCCGCCGCGUGCUCUGCCUCGUCUCUGCUGCUGCUGCUGCAGAGGGCAGGGAGGGGAGCAAGGGCAACAGGGUGGGUGGAAUAAUGGCAGAGAGAGCAGGGAGUAAUGGGGAUGAGAGACAAGGCGAGGGUGAGAAGCUGAGGCAGGAACAGAUGGGGAUGGGGAACAAGCAGGGUGGGUCUGAAUGGGAGGCCGCACACGGUGAGGCGGCGGCAGCAGGUGUGAGCGACAAGCCGGAGAAGAGGGGUGCAGAUGGUGAGAGUGAGGUGCAAGCAGGCGACGCUGGUGGAUGGCGCCAGUUGCUGCAGCUGCUGCUUCAUCUCAUCCCGAUAGUGGAUGUGCAGGUUCUCCCUUUGCUGCUGCAAGAGGUGGCAUCAACCCUGGUGGCUAUCCGCCCUGUACCGCCCAUGCUUGUGGCCUUCUUCCAGACGCUCUCCUUCAUGUGCAACCAUACUGGCACUCAAUCCAAGCUGUAG